AUGGCAUUCAUUGGUAGUGGCUUUGAUGACCAGUCCUUAAGUAGUGAAGACAGUAACAGCCACUUCUUCCUGGACACAGAGGUCACCGCAGUCAAAGGUUUGUACUUCCAACAUGCUCAGCUGCUCCGUGGGCCAGAGGCAUCACGCAGGUACAUCGAUCCCACCCAGCAGGCUCUCAUCAAUGUGGGCGGCAUCCGGUACACCUUCCCCUGGAGCACCCUGGAGGAUGUCCCCCAGUGCCGCCUGACUCGUCUGCGCUCCUGCACUACCCUGAGGGAGAUAGCAGAGUUUUGUGACGACUAUGAUGAGAUGCAACAUGAAUUCUUCUUUGACCGUGACCCUUUAGCCUUUCGGGCCAUCCUCAACUUCCUGGCAAAAGGGAAGUUGCGUCUGCUGCAGGAGGUCUGCAGUGUGGCCCAGCAUGGUGAGCUGCUGUACUGGGGCAUUGAUGUAGGGCUGAUGGAGCCCUGCUGCCGCCAUGAAAUGAUUUCAUCUGUGAAGGAGGUGGCCAAGCACCAGCGCAAGGAGGACGAGUGGCGGGAGAGAAGGAGGGCGCUGAGGGCCCCUAUGGUAGAGGGCAGCCUGUUCCACAUAAUGGGAGAAACAGUGGAGAACCCUCAUUCAGGUUUAGCAGGGAAAGUGUUUGCCUUCCUGUCUGUCAUCAUGGUGGUGGUUACUGUAGUCAGCCUUUGCAUCAGCACAAUGCCAGAUGAACAGGAAGAAGCCACAGGUAAAUGCUCCCAAAAGUGCCGCAACAUGUUUGUGGUGGAGUCUGUUUGUGUAGCUUGGUUCACAUUAGAGUUUAUGGUGCGAUUUUUCCACGCACAGAGCAAGCUGGAGUUCACCCGUAGUCCUCUGAACAUCAUAGAUGCUGCUGCAGUCUUGCCUUACUAUGUCUCACUGUUUCUGGAGCUUGGGGAUGAGUCUGUACAGGAUAUUGUGGCUGGUGCUGGAAAGAGCACCAUAGAUAAACUGGGUCUAACCCUGCGUGUAAUGAGGGCCCUGCGUAUCCUGUAUGUGAUGAGGCUGGCCCGCCACUCUCUGGGUCUGCAGACUUUGGGGAUGACUAUCCUGCGGAGUAUGACAGACUUCAGCCUGGUGCUGCUCUUCAUGUGUGUCGCUAUGACUGUCUUCUCCCCACUGGUACAUCUCGCUGAGAGUGAGCUGGCUCCGAAUGCCGCCAGAACCCCCCAGCUCAGCUUCAGCAGCAUCCCAGCGUCGUGCUGGUGGUCCAUCAUCUCGGUGACCACGGUGGGGUACGGCGACAUGGUGCCCUACAGCAUCCCAGGCCAACUGGUAGCCCUGAUCAGCAUCUUAUCAGGGAUCCUCAUUCUGUCUUUCCCUUCUACAUCUAUCUUCCACAUGUUCCAUCACACCUACACAGAGCUCAAGGGGGAGCAUGAGAGGCUGUGGAAAGAGGAGAGGGGGGCUGCGCUCGCCACUGAAAAUGAGGAAAGCUUGAAAGAAAGACAAACUUGGCCUGAUAACUGGCCAGAAACUGAUUUUUUACCGGGUUUAGAAGACCCUUAUAUACGGAAGUGA